AUGGCCAGCAAAGCAGCCCUAAAAGGCAGCGGGAGGACAGAGUUGAGUGCAAAAAGACUGCAGCCUUUGCAUCAUGUGAUGCACGCAGUGUCCUACAAUGACAUGGAAUGUGGUCACCACUCUGCCUUCGCCACAAGACAAGUCGAGAUCAAACGGGAUUCUAUCUAUGGCUUUGGGUUUGUGGCUGGGAGUGAGAAGCCAGUGAUUGUGAGAGCUGUGACACCAGGCGGUCCAUCGGAGGGCAAACUCAUACCAGGAGAUCAGAUUCUAGCCAUAGAUGAUGAGGUGGUCAGCACUGCCCCGAGGGAGAGAGUCAUAGACCUUGUAAGGAAUGACAAAGAUUCCAUUUUCCUGACUGUCCUUCAGCCCCAUCAAUCAUCCAAAUCUGCCUUCAUCAGUGCAGCGAAGAAAGCACAGCUGCGCUCAAACCCGGUGAAAGUACGGUUUUCCGAGGAGGUGACGGUGAACGGGAAUAGCUCUGAUCUUAUGAAAGAGGAAACCCUCAUGUUGAUCGCUAACGUGCUGAAGGUGUACCUGGAAAACGGGCAGAUGAAGUCAUUCACCUUUGAUAGCAGAACCACAGUGAAGGAUGUGAUCCUCUCACUUCAGGACAGACUGUCUAUCAGGUGUAUAGAGCACUUUGCUCUGGUGCUGGAGGUGGGGAAUGAGGGUCCAGGGAAGAAGUUGCUCGUGCUCCAUGAGUCGGAGACUCUGAUCCAGGUGGUGCAGCGCAGUCACUUUAACACCAUGAAGUGCAUCCUGAGAAUCACCUUCUUCCCAAAGGACCCAGUGGACCUUCUCAGACGAGACCCUGUGGCCUUUGAGUACCUGUACGCUCAGAGCUGCAGUGAUGUGAUGAGGGAGAGAUUCACUGGAGACCUCUCAGACGAUGUGAUGCUCCGACUGACUGCCCUGCACAUCUACAUAACGGUCUCCAACGCACGGUCCAACCAGAAGAUCUCCCUCAGGAAUGUCGAGAAGGAUUGGGGCCUUGAGAUGUUUCUGCCAGGUUCUUUGUUACCAAGCAUGAAGGAGAAGCAUGCCCGCAAAGUCCUCUCGCGACACCUCAAAGCAACACAAGCCCCUGGACAGUCCGGCAAGAAGGUCUCCACAGUGCAAGCCAAGCUGCAGUACCUGAGGAUCCUGAACGAGCUCCCACUCUACCCAGGAGGACUCUUCAACUCCGUUGUCCUGGAUUCGAAGCAGUCGGAAAUGACACUCCUAGUUGGGCCGCAACACGGCAUCAGCCACGUCAUAGACUUGAAGACCAAUCUGACCACAAUCCUGGCAGAGUUUGGAAGGGUCAACAGAAUCCAGCUGUUCCGAGAGAAGGAGAACAUCGCCCGGGUGGAGCUCAGUAUUUCAGAAGCCAAGCCUAUUGUGUUGCUGAUGGAGUCGACGGAAGCCGUGAACUUUGCUUGUUUGAUAGCAGGUUACUACCAGUUAUUUGUUGAUAUGAAAAAGAUGAUAUUCUGUGGGGCCAACGUUCAGUCUCAAGUGAAUAAGGCAGGUAUGGAUUCUCAGUUCAAGUAUAAGCAGGGUCAGGUCCAGGGUAACAUCCUCUGUGUUCAGUAUUCCUUCCUUCCCUUUGCACAUAUUCAUUCCAUCUUCAAAACAAAAAAGAAAAAUUGUUUCAUGACGGUCUCCAGUAUAAUCCUCUUAACCUCAUUGCCGGUUAACAUCAUUCUGUAUUUAGAUUUGAGGCUUUCUCUCGAGGGAGCCUACUACAGAAACAUUCAGAGCAUUCUGCAACCAGAAUGGGCCAUUGCUUCAUCAGCUCCCGGGAUGAAGAGCGAGGGAAUGGGUGCAGGCUUUCCUCACAGCGUCCCUCGCCACAGUGACUACAGGAACACAUGCAAUAUGAGCCCCAAUUCCCCGGAUUCCAACCUGGUAAGGUUCCAUUUCUUACAGAUGCAAGAAAGAAGAAAGGAGUUUGAAAAUCAGAUAGAUAUUAACGAGAACCUCAUCUUCUUUGAGGAGACAAGACCACGGACCAAGUCCGACCCAACGAUGAGCUCUUCAGCAGCGGGGCGGUGCACCUCUGACGGAAGGAUUCCUCCCGGUCCACAAGGCUUCCUGAGGAGGGGGAGGGCUAACACACUGGACAGCCAGAUGAAAAUGGCCAUUGACACCAUGGACUACCAUGACCAUAUCCAUCAGAAAAUCCCAAUGCACCAAGCAAGAGUGAGUGGUACUCAGAUCUUGCCUCUACUUAUCAAGCAGCACAACGACCUUCUCUGCGAUGCGUGCAAGGUCAAGAUGAAGAGCAAUGUGAUCCCCAAAGGAAGAACUUCGGAGAAGUGUUCCAACUCUUGCUCUUCCCGGGAGAACAUUGUUGACCUCACUACUCUGCCAUUGCCAGGAAGCGAUGAGGAAGAUGAAGAGCACGAGCGCCAUUCUCUACUUCCUACACUAGCUGCUCCACCGCCAGGGUUCAGAGAUAAUAGCUCAGAUGAAGAUGACUCUAAGCGAAGGAUGGCUCAGAGCUUAGAGUCCAGCCGGCAACCUUGCGAGAUACUCUUUAAUGAUGUGCCAGUGUCACUAAUCAAUGGCAUUCAAACAAGGACUGUUAGACACCGAGCCCAGGAACUCGAUGACGCCCUGGUGUCCACUCUCCAGGCACUGGAAGCGCUGGCAGCAGCUGAAGAUUGUCCUCACCGUCAGCCAAAGGAAAGCUCAGGUCUGAUUGUACUGGCGGCCAUGACACCCGAGUCAUCAUUGGAUUCCGGCCACGAAACAAACUCUUCAGAAAUGACGGACAUCUCGGAGAUGGUCUCGGCGUUCAAGCAGCACCAUUUACUUGCUUAUCAGGGGAACAAAGCAGGUCUCAUUGUCAAGAAAAACUUUCCGUCUAAUGCUGCCAGGGCACAAGCUGUAUUCAGAGGACCUCUACAGAGACAAGAUGAAGUGAACUCUGUGGCUUCCACCAAACUAAGUCCCUUAUCUGGUGCCAUUAGAUUGAAACCUGGGCAGAUGGCAGGAUAUUGUAAGAUCCACAUGAGGCCUCUGGUGGCCACUCACUCCAACGAGCAGAUAAAUGUGGCAGAUAAUAUUGUUUUGAGGCCUGUUCUACGGCAGCAUUGUCCAAGCUGUACAAAGGCAGCAGAGGAAGUGGUAUCUUGUGGAAAGGUUGAACCAAAGGAAGUUUGUACCAAAAUCCUGCCUCGCCUCGAGCAGUCGAUGAUUCACGGUGAUGACCAAAGCAGUCUCCAGGUGCCAAGCCACAAAAUCUGCACCCAGCAGUCACGAAAUGAAUGGAACUCUCCAAACUCCAGCAAAAGCUCUGGAAGCUCAAGACCACAGGUUCAUCAGGACAAUUCAAUUGGCUGCGGUUCAAGGGGCAGUACUUCAUCUCCAGCCUCUAUAUACAAAAAUGUCUGCAGCGAGUGUGUCACUCUUAAAAAGCAGUACUUGAAGGUUGAAGGAGGCGUUCCAGGAACCCCCAGGCUGUGUGAAUGUCACUUGCUGAAGGCCGAGACUGCCCAAAGAGCCAUAGACUCUCAGGGGCACAGGACAACUCUCCUCCACACAUGUUCACCAUUGGACAACGAAGUAGCGUAUAUCAAAGUGAGCAACAAUGUGAAUCAGCAACCAAUGGGUAAACAAGUCUCAAUGUUGUUCGAUGGCAAUCAUAUAGAUUUGGCAGAUGCUCCCGCUGGGCAAAGUGAGUACAUCAGAGUAGAAAAGACCAGGAGAGCCGUUUCUCCAAGUGGGGAGAAGAUCUGCUUUAUCAGUCCUUGUAGAUACCCUGUCACCAUUUUGGAAGAGGUUAUCUCUGGACAUCAUGGGAACGCCGAAAAGGCAAAAUGUCAAGGUCACGUGUGCCCUUGUAAAACCACCGCCAGCUCAGAGAUUCCCGCUGGCAGCCCCAGAUGUCCAAAGCCAUGCAGCGGGAGUGCUGGUGCCCUGCCUCCUAUCACAUCGUCCCCAGUUUCAGAGAAUGUGUUUGACGCUAAACAGCACACGUCUCUCAUUUCUGACAAAGCUAAGUCGCAGAAGGUCUCUCUGCUGAAUUUCCGAAACCUUUUCUCAGCCACGUUUCCAGCCCGCUUUCGGAAGGAGAGCGACGAGAGGCAGGAGCAGCUUCAGAAAGUCAAGCAAUAUGAGCUAGAGUUUCUCGAGGAGCUCCUCAAGCCCAAAACCAAAGUUGACGUGUUUGCGGAAGAAUACGUGUAUCGCAAAACGCCGAGCCACUGCCCUUGUCAAAUUAAAAACAGCUCCGUUGGGAACAUCCCAGGGUUGUCUCGGGAACAGCGGCGUAGCUGUGACUGUAAACGCCUGGGAAUGGCUUGUGAUUCGCUGUGUUUCCCCACAACACCUAGUCCUAUACAGACACAGAGAGCUAAAGUCCCCUAUAUUCACCAACAGCCUAAAACCAGUAUUCUCCCUUCAUCGUCAGAUGUUAACAGCAAGCAGAAAGACAUUCGGAGACGCACCUCAAGCUUGGAGUCCAGCGACUUGAGAGCUGAGCGAGACCCAGGGGUGUUUUGCACGAUGGCACAAGGCGAGUGCCUGAAGGUACCUCACGGGAAGAAGCUGGGGUGGCACCAAAGCUCCACAAAUAUAGUGUCCGAGGCAGAGACCAGUGAUGUCACAUCCCAGUGCUCUGAGAGUACCCAUUUGACCAGCUCCCAGACAGAUGAGCCUAGGAAUCUCGAAAAAGGGAGAGAAUUCAUCAGAAAAGUCCUCAAGAACCAGCAGCAGGAGCCAGGUCUGGCUGAGGAUCCGUCCUAUGUCCACGUUUCCAAUAAGGACAAACUACCACAGUCUCCGGCAAUUUUCUCUAUUCAGGGGGAGUUCAAGCAACCCAGGACAUCGCCGCUUCUAAAGGGAGACAUGGCCAGCGACAGCAGGUGUUGCUCCUUUCGCUACUGUUUUUAUUACAGAAACUGUGAUGUUGCAGACGACGGCAGCGACAAAGAUGAACUUUCGUACUCAAUCCCAAUGCAGCUUCUGCCAGAUUUGAGGUGUGACAGCCCCACGACGCCCACCGAAAAGCAGGCGAAACCCCUCCAGCCUCCAGACACGACUGCAGCCUGCAUCAGUGGGGACGCUGUACAGCAGGAGGCAGCGGCCAGCGAUUCAGCAUUGGACAGCAACAUGAGCAGAAUCAGCGCUCUGCGGGACCGAGUCUAUGUUCUCCCCGAUGGCUUCGCUGCUGCGCAGCAGGACACAGGCGAGCUGCUGAGCAUUUUGAGGCAGUGCGUGGCAAACCGCAGCAGCAGCGAUGCUAAGCUUUACACCUCGCACCUGGAGGAGUACAAACAGACGCUCACGAUGAAGUUCAAAGAGCUGAGAACUGCGUGUAGGAGGGUGGCAGCAGUGGACAAAAGCCCUACGCACAUGCUUACAGCUAUCAUGGCCAGCUUCCAAGUGCUCUGCGGCCUGAUUGAGACCUUUGUGCAUCUGGUCUACAUCAUGCGUUCGGAGAGACAACGCAAAGAGCUCCUGGCCAAAGUCGAAGAAGUGGUGGUCAACUACACCUUUUUGCUCCGAGCGGCAGAGGAGUCCUCAAGUAAGACCCAUCCCAGCAUUGAACACUUAAAGCAUUCAACCUCAGCAACCACUGUAGCGGGCACAUUCACUCAUUCGUUCAAAACACUAACGAACAAAUAG